AUGAUCGCAGAAAGAUUGGAAUAUGUCAAAUUUCAAACUGUCAUAAAACGACUGCUCUUCAUUGUCGGUUUGUGGACAAAAGAUGACUCGAGUAUAUUAUUCCGAUCAUUGUUUCACAUUUAUCUAUCUUUCUUUAUUGUUCCAACAAUCGGCGUGAUUAAUUUUUUUCUUACUAAUAUAACAAACAUUAAUCUCGCUACCAAAAGUUUGAGUACACUUCUGGGCUUCUCGACAGGAAUAUGUUUUAUUAUAAAUCGCAACGACGUCGACGAACUUCACGCGAUUUUGGAUCCGUAUUUCGACGAAUUGUUAAAAACGCCAGAACUUUCCAAGAUAGUUUUGAAAAAAAUCUCAACUUUUAGGCGCUUGCCGACAUUUAUCACUACUUUUAUAACCGUCGUCUGUAUUUCUUACGCAAUUGUACCGAUAAUUUCUAUCCUGGCUCAAAUUCGUCACAAAAUUUGGCCAAUAAAUUACAACCUCAUUUAUCUCACUGCGUACCCUUGGGAAGUUCCAAAACACAGUUUUAUGUACAGUAUUCAUUUUAUUGACGAGUAUCUACUGACAAUCGCCAUUGUUCUUAUUACUUCCAGCGCCGACAGUUUGUAUACUUAUUAUAUAUUUCAAAUAAUAGGCAUGUUAAGAGAAAUAUCGUAUCAAAUUUCUACAUUUGAUGAAAAAAGUAGUGAAUUUAUUAUACGCCAAUGCGUUAAUAAGUAUGAAAUAUUAGUACAUUGUACGGAAAAAAUAGAAAAAGUUUACGGAGUUAUUAUUUUAUGGACCAUGAAUGUCAAUGCCAUUGUCCUUUGCGCGGUUAUUUUCCAACUUUCUCACGCUAAAUCAAUUCCCUUUGUUUCAAUGGUUCUUUUCGUGGCGCACGCUGGCUUGAAAUUAACCCAAGUAUUUAUAUUCGCUUGGGGCGGAUCACUCCUCACUACCGAGAGUGAAAAAUUUCGAGACACCAUUUACGCAUCACGAUGGCUUGGAAACAACCGAUUAAAGUCUUCAAUAAUAAUAAUGCUGUCCCAAAAACCCCUCAUCUUAACUGCAUGUAGUUUAUUAAAUGUCACGAUAGACAUGUUUGUUAAAGUCGGAAACACGACGAUAUCAUAUUAUUUGUUGUUAAAAACAUUUGAACAGGGCGCUUAA